AUCAUUAUGAUUUAUCAACUAUUAAUUUUAUCAUCAUUAAUUAAUAUUCUAAGUAAGUAUAAUUUCAUAUUGUGAGGUUUCCACUUUAAUGAAGCUUCAUCAGCCAUCAAGGAAUAUAACAGUUAUGAAAGUGAAUUCAAUAAUAUAAAAUUCAACCAAUUUAAACACAUAUAUCAUCAUUUUAUCUUAAAUCAAAAUCCGGCUAAUCCUUGUAAGUUUAUUUUCCAUCAAAGGUUUGAAUCAUUUUUUUGUGAUUAGCGUUUUUUAGCCAGUUAGUUUUCUACGAGAUGGGGACGCUAACUCCAUGGCCAACUCCCCUCCUUUAUCCGGUCUUGGAACCGGCAGUAGCCCCCGGAGGGACUCCAGAAGGAGUUAUUUUCCAUCAAAGCAAUAAUCUAUUUUUCCUAUUAUCUACAUGAACUUCCUCUCUAUGCUCUCUCUUCCCCUGAUACUGACUCCUUUCUUUAUUUCAGCAUGUUUCGGUUGUAAAUCUGGAUUAUGGUUCGCUAAAACAUUUAUCUUUGGUAGUAAACAAUUUGUACAUGAUCAUAUUGAAGUGACUUGUAAAAAUUUGAAAAAUAUUUAUCAACCCUGUAAAAGAAUAUUAACUGAAUUUAUGGAUUACGCUUAUGAUUUGAUAUAUGGUUACAGUUCAGCUGAUCUAUGUGCACUUGCUGGGAUAUGUGCAAAUCCACCGAAAAUUAACUUUUGUCCACUUUGUUUAAUGAGUGUAGCGGAAGGCAAAAAUAUAUUAUUAUCCGAUGCUCUUCUAAAUGAAUUACAAUCUGUAUUUGUACAUGUAUGUGAUUAUGUAAGAUUGGAAGUAGAAUGUUCCACAUUUUUGAAUGAACUUUAUGAAAAUGUCGUCGAUAUAAUCAAACAUGUUGUAGAACCACAUUUUGUUUGUCAGCUGGGUCACAUGUGUAAUACAACAUAUACAGAAGGAUCGGAUUACAUUAGAAUUGCAUAAGAAGAACAUUUUUUUUCAUUGGUAAACAAAAUGUUUUGUUAUUACAAUUUUAGAAUCAUCAUACAAAAAUAAAUCAUAAAAAAUUAUGGAUCAUUU